GGUGAUCACAGUUUGACAAACACACAACAUAUACAGGAGCGAGGGAAUAGUGAAUGACCAACUAAAUUGAAUAGAGUUCGAGCUCCCUGUGCAGCCGUCCCUGUGACUUCUAGUUUCAGAGUUGACCUAAGUUUCGAGAGAAUACCUUUAGAGGAUAUCUUCCCAACUGUGCUCUGACUGGUGGUCAUAUCGUCCCCCCGAUCGGCCCACCUUUGACCGGUGGUCUAUCAUGGCCUGGCUGGUAGAGGAUCAGCACAAUGCCAAUAGUAUUUGGUGGAGUUUGUUAAGUGGUGAGAUGUACCCGGACAUUGGUCCGACAUCGUUCUGUAAUAACAACUUCGUCCCAGACCACCACGAGGCUCCAGGCCAGGCCAAGAUGGCAAUGCCUGUGCCAGCUGGAGCCAUUGGUGCCCGGAGCGCCAUGCUGGGCAAGGUCCAUUUGCGGAAACCGCGGAAGCGCGCCAGCAACGUCAGCACCCUCACAGGAGCCAUCCCAAAUGAGUUGGGUGUGCCGCCGUUCGGUGCUACGACCCCGCGCUCAGGCUCGCCUUCACCCACACGGAGUCCAAGCACACAUUCAGCCGAGACUGUCAACCUCGACCCUGAUCAGUACUUACAAGAGGAGGAGAAAGCUGCAGAGGACGACGAAUCCGAACCACAGAUUUACCUGAGCCGGAGAUACGGCUUGGAAGUCAGUGCCAAAGAUGCAGCACUAGCUGCCGAACAAUGGAAGAAAUCACAAACUGACGAGGAGAAAUUAUCAAGAAAACAGAGACAGAGACGAGAACACGAGUAAGUAGAAAGCAUUUUUAUUGCACUGUUUAGACGAAAAAUGACUGCCUACACAAACAGGUAUCAAAAUGCCAUUGUGCGAUGCCUUUGAUGUCUGAAGUUUGAUUGAGGUGACAAGAAUGGUUUUCAGAUUGUAAUCCCCCUAAGCGGCAUCAGCUUGAUGUGUAUUGACAACGCAAAGGUCAUUUGCUUUCAGCAGAAGAUGUAGACAGAGUGGUGCGCUUUCACCCCAAUGCGCAUGCGCUCAGACAUACAUGACGUCAUAGGUCAUUUUAGUCAAAGAGAGAGAGAGGAAAGAGAGACAGUAUAUGUGUGUCUGUGGGAAAGGGUGAGAGUAAAGAGAGAUAGGGGGGGGGUAGUUGAGAACGACUGCGAUCUAUUAUUGAACAGUCAAUGCAUUAUGCCUUCGCUGUUUUCAAUGCAUUAUGACUCUGCCAUUUGCAACGCACCGCCAGUGCGAUUUGCAUAUGACAACCCGAUCAUGUACUGUAUGCACGUAAAGAGGCUUGGCGUUUGUGUAUGUGAGUGUGUGUAUGCCGAUGUGUGCGUUGAAAAAAGGUGUGCGUGUGUGUAUUGACGUGUAUUCGGAUGGGUUAGGACAGGGUGUGUGUGUAUGCCGUUGAAUUUAAGCGUGUUUCUUCUUCAGGUAUUGGUAUAUAACGAUGAUGCGAUGUUCAUGUUGUCCUUGAAAAUUCGUUUUAGUUGGAGACCUGUCAUAUAAAAAUCCCAAACCAUGUACUUAAAAAACGAAAUGCAAAUUAAAUCAAUACAGAAUAGGUAUUUUCAUUAUUAACUCCAGACUAUUGAAAGCUUUUGUUGCGCCAUGUCAGAAUUAAAUUCAUGGUCAUACAAUGCGUCACUUGGACUCGACCCUGGAAAGAUAGAUAAAUCUACAUAGAUUACUACAAAUUUAUAUUAAUGGAUUUAAGAUCCCCAUUUGUGUAGGUUGGUAAUAGAAAUAUGCGAUUUUAUGUGUUUUAUUAUUUAAAAAAUGACAGUGAGUCUAGUAUAUAAUGGAUGCGAGUGACAAUGCCAAUUUGUUUUAUUUCAAUGCUUUAUUUUUUAAAAUUAUUUUAUUGUGUUUUUAUCACGUUAUCUGAUAUUCGGAAGUUCGUUGUUUACUCAUUGUCAGUUUGUAUAUACUUUUAUUAGUUUAAACAAAUUAUUUAUGUUGUUGUUUUCUAUAAUUUUGUUCAUCUUUUGAGAUCUGUACUUUUGCUGAUUGAAACCGUAUAUGCUUAUCAUAUCAUUGUUAAACCUCUUUAUAAAAACGAAUGGCAGAUUAAAAGUUUAUACUCCAGCCAUCCGACCGCAAUCACAAAGUCUUUUCGGAAAAGAGCACGUGUUCUUAAUAAAAUAUAUAGAGCAGACAGUCGAAGGACAAGUUAAAUUUGGGUUCUUUAAUUGCGCAAGAUAGAAUAUCAAAAUGCGCUUAAACGCAGGGAUAUUUACUUAAAAGUACGAAUUUGCACACCGUGUUUUACUUUUAAGGAUAAACAUAUUUUUAGUAUUUUCUUUGAUGAUAUAAAUCAAUUAUUUUUUAUCAAAUUAUCUUUGAUGAUAUAAAUCAAUUCCAGUCGAUCACAACACCCUGUCAAUUUGUAUGCAAACUGAAUCAAGAUAAAUACUAGGGAAAUAUAAUUUUCAGCUGUUGGGAGAUCUAAGAUACACGCUAUCUGUUAUACUUUGAGUUUAAAGAUUGGUAUUAGAUAUCGCAUAUAUGUUUAUUACAUCAUGGCAACAUAAUAAUUAUUUGCAUUUAACACUUUGUAAAUACUCACAUUUCACUGAAAAAUAUAGCACUGCAUACACUGUUAAAAAACCCUAGUAGAAUCAUUCUGUAAAUUCAUAAAACAGGAACUUUUCUGCAA